AUGAAACAACCCCCCCGGCGUGCGAUCGGACGGCCUACGUAUAAGAAGAGGUUUCGCGCGCAAGGACUUGCGCACGCAGGGGAACACUCCGCUCUCGCCGUCCCCAAGUCCGCAGGCCCGACCGCCGGCGGCGAUGGCGAGCCGCAGGCCCAGCAGCAGCAGCCGGAGCGGGACGAGGGAGGCAUCACGAUGCCAUCGACAGAAACGCCCAGCGUCGCCGGCACCGACGAAGCAGCCAUGGCGCCGGUCAGAACGAGACGGAGCAGGGCAUCGCCAACGGCCAUCCUGGCCAUGCCGUUAAGGGGUCUUCACCGCAGGCUGCGGCCGUGGCAUCUGUUCGUCGCCCUCGGCGCGGCCGCCGUGGCCAUGGUGCUGUCGAUAGUCCUGGUCCAUGUGCGCGAUCAGCAGCGGAUGGCGGCUCUAAUCGCGGUGCAGGUCGAUGAGAUGGGCCCCGGGAAAGUCAUGCCAUUUGCAAUGUUGGGAUCCCUGUUAUUAUACGCUUCGGUGGCGGCGGCGGCGCUGACCAGACAUCAUGAGCAGACGCCAUCUGACCCGAGCAAGGCGAGGGUGAACCUGGGCUACGCCCAAUAUCAGGGAACGGUUCUUGGGAAUGGCGUGGGCCAGUAUCUGGGACUGCGUUACGCCCGGGCGCCGACGGGAGAUCUGCGUUGGCGGGCUCCCGUCGAGCCCGAGACAAUCCGCGGAGACCAAGCCGCGGACAGUUUCGGUAAAAUUUGCCUGGGUAUAUCGACUUCGCUGCCGAGCAACUCGGAAGGGACCGACUGUCUCUUCGCAAAUGUGUGGAGCCCUGCAAAUGCUACAGCUGGGUCAAAACUGCCGGUCUGGCUCUUCAUUCAGGGCGGAGGCUAUACAGUCAACAGCAAUGCGAACUAUAAUGGCUCACAGGUUGUCGAGAGCUCCGGCGGCAACAUCAUCUUCGUGAACUUCAACUACAGAGUUGGGCUGUGGGGUUUCCUUGCUAGCGAAAGGAUGAGAACAGGUGCCGACCUGAAUGUCGGGCUUCUGGAUCAGCGAAUGAUGAUGAAAUGGGUCAAGAAGCAUAUCGCUCAAUUCGGAGGCGACCCUGACCAUGUUGUCAUCCACGGCGUCUCAGCUGGGGCGGGUUCUGUGGCCCUCCACAUGGCAGCGUAUGGCGGCAAAGACGAAGGCUUGUUCCAAGGCGCCGUCGCGAGCUCUGUCUUCUUCCCGGCUCAGCCGCGGGUGUCAGAAUUAGAAUGGCAGUUCGAUCUGGUAUUGAGCCAGACUGGAUGCAGUGACGCUGAGGACCCCUUGGCCUGUCUGCGCUGCCAGGACGAAGAGACACUACAGGCGGCCAAUGUUCCAUCUGCGUUUCCGGGAAGGCCUUCCACUGGCUUGCCAUUGUUCUACUGGACCCCGUCUGUGGACGGUGACCUCAUACGAGACUAUCCCUAUGUCAUGUUUGCCAAUGGAGACUUCAUCGAUGUGCCGGUGAUCUUUGGCACAGACACAAAUGAGGGUUCUUACUUUGGCGCCAACGCAUCGACGGAGGAGGAAGUCGCUGUCUUCCUUCAGAACAAUUACCCACUCCUGACUACAAAUGAGACCGACAGGAUCCUCGAGCAGUACCCGCUCAUGGACCCUGUUCCCUUGCACAACGCCUGGUUUCCGUCCGCCUCCAUGGCGUAUGGGGAGUCCACCUUCAUCUGUCCCAGCGUCCACAUUCUCGACUCCAUCCAGACUUACGGCCAAGGCGCAUCCCGCGCAUGGUCCUACCGGUACGACGUUCUCAGCCCCGAGAAUGCCGCCGCGGGCUUGGGCGUCCCCCAUACGUGGGAGACGUGGGCCAUCUUUGGGCCUGACAGCAUCAACGGCAUCGGUAUGGGUCCGCCGAGCUACUAUGGCGCCGACGCGGCGAUAGUUCCGGUAGUUAUGGACUACUUGAUCUCAUUCGUCCAGACGCUGGACCCGAAUGCAGAUAGGUUCCCUGCGGCGCCGGAAUGGUCGACAUGGGGCGUCUCCGAACAGCGGCUCAGGUUCGAUACCGGGAAUGUCUCCAUGGAGAAGAUACCCGAGGAUCUGAAGAGUCGAUGUGAUCUAUGGAAGGAUCUGGCAACUAUUACGCAACAAUAA